AUGGCGGAUCAUCAGCUGCGGCUGUCGGGUGAGGCUUCAGCGGGGGAGGGGCAGCAGCAGCAGCAGCGUUCUGACAGGGGAACCACCGACACCAUCGGCGACGACUUCAACAGGCCCUCCUUCACCGGUUAUUGGCAGGGCGAGAAAGAGACUGAGAUGGCGGGACGGCUGCAGUUCGUGAAUGAGGGGCAACCUCAUAUAUCAUCGUCGUCGACGACGGGGAUGGUGCCGAUGGCGCCUCCGCCGGUGCCAGAUCAACAGCAGCAGCAGCAGGGAUCUGCGGAUUCAGCCACCUCGGCCGAUAAAGCCAAGGAGAAGGCCAAACUUCGACGACAGCAGGUCCGAAAAGCCCAGAUCCAGCACCGCACCCGCAAGGCCAACUACAUCAAGCAGCUCGAGCUCGACGUCUGCAAGUUUCGAGACAUGAUUGCGGCCGCUGAGAAGGAGGUCCUCGCCUACCGCCGGGAGAACGAGGGGAUGAGAGGCGCGCUCAAGGCCCGCGGCCUGAGGGUUCCCGGGCAGUUGAAGGGGAAGGAGAAGGAAGUUCUGGUUGGGGAGGUCAGAAUCGCCGACGAAGUGUCUGCCGAGGAAGAUGCGCCUUCGUACGACGAGGUCGUCCACCAGCCCGUCGAGAUCUACGAGCAGCCUCAAGCACACAUCCCGGAACCGCAUCAGCAAUUGCAGCAAGGGCAGACGGACGCGCAGGUCUUCAGCGAGGAGGAGCAGCAGAUGCUCCCGUACGAGACCUCGGUGGCACAGCCGUUGGAUUACGACCCGUAUCCGCCCGUCGAUAUGUUCGGGGACGUCAGCAUGGGCGAUAUCACCGUCACGAUGCGCAAAGACGACACGCUCGGCACGCCGUGUUUCCAGAUCAGCUCUUCGACAACAUCGAGCAGUCUGUCUUCUCCGCCACGACCCGCUACUCCCGAUCAGCUGUCGGUAGAGCAAGAGAUCAUUGCCAUCAACCUCAUCCUGGCCAUGGAACACAUCUGCUGGAACCACUUCCACCCGCGCCAGUACCCCCGCCACGCCGACCCCUGCAAGGCGGCGUCCGGCCACACGAUGAUGGCCUCGACGAUGUGCAUGUCCAGCGCGCCCGAGCGCGUCUACCGCUCCAUCCGGCGCAAGGAGACCGAGACGCAGCACAGCUGGGACGCGACCUCGGGCGCCGGCAGCGCGCUGUCGCUCAAGUCGCUGCUGUCGCUCGCCAAGGCGCUGAACCCGGGCGACAUCGAGCUCACGCCCGUGCAGGCGUGGUUCGAGCUCGCGGGACGGUACGGCGCCGCGGCGCUGAUGGAGGACCGGGUGAUCGAGGCGCUCAAGAGGGAGUUCUGCGGGGUGGUGGAUUGUAUUCACUUCGGGGCCAUUAUCGAGAGGGACGCGUUUGAGAGUGUUGUCGCGAGGGUCAUGAGCGAGGUCGGCGUGCCUGAGCUGCCGUAUGAGAUGGAUGUUGAUGUUGGGGCGGAGAUGAUGACUGGGCCUCAGCAGAUCGCGGCUUGA